AUGCGCGCGCCGCUGAGCAAUGCGGCUUUUAUUCUCCUUUCUGUUUAUACCACCCGGGUAUUUGCCACACCUCAGGAUACAGGAUAUUUCGCCGAAGAUGGUUACCAUGACGACGUUGUAGAUGUCGUGGAUAAGCGGUCAGCCUGCCCGACAGACAGAGUGCUACGGUCGCGGGAGACGUGUAGGGUUGGGGGUGCUGAUGUCCAAUGCAUUCGACUGCAUUGCUGCGAAACUCAUAAUUAUAUAGCUGGACGGUGUGUCCCAAAAACAGUGGACCCGUGCAGUUUGCGGCUGUGCGAGCAAGCGUGCGAGGUGCGAGACGAACGCAUGUGGUGUACCUGUCACCCCGGCUUCACGUUUAGCGAGGAUAGCUACAGGAGGAAGAGGCAGCCAUAUUGCAUUGAUAUAGACGAAUGUGCGGACAAUAAGGCUGGGUGUGAGCACACAUGUGUGAAUGAUCCAGGCGGCUAUCACUGCGAAUGUCCAGCACCCUACACGGUUGCACCGGACGGCAGGAAGUGUGUACCACCAGUAGCAAUAGCAGUACCCGAACCUCUGCCAUUGGUAAGAGCAGCGUCCCGGUGCUACGCAUCCUGUGAUACUGUGUCGUGGCUCUCCAGAAAGGUGAAACAACUUAGCGAUCAGUUACACACUUCACAGGCAGCGCUUAGAAAACUACUAGAUAACCCUGCUUUGAAAGAAGAUGAUGACAGAUUUGCGGAGGGCACUCGUGCGUACAGAGUCCUUGACGCUACUGCGCCACUGGAGGGCGGUUACUGUCGAUGUGAAAGAGGGCCUAGGGGUCCUCCAGGUCCAUCUGGAAUGGAUGGUCCAAAGGGGGAUGAAGGGCCAAGAGGACCUCGUGGAGCCCGAGGGCCGAAGGGAUCAUUGGACCUUAUGUUACUACUCCUAGCUGACAUACGGCACGAUAUACAUAACUUGGAGGCUAGAGUUUAUAAAAAUGGUGAAAAACCAGAACGCUUCAACCUACAGAAAGCAUGGCGCCAGCAGAGGAAGCAAGAGAGGCUUGACCGAGAGAACGGGACGUCACGUGAUCUCGAAGCUUACACAGCGCCCUCUAUAAUGGGUCCAGACAACGACGAAGUCGAAAUACAUACUCAUGGUUUAACAGGCGAAAUUCCCCGCGACACAACAACAGCGUGGUCGAUGGAAAGCGUUCAAACGGAGGCUGUCGAGUUAGCUGAAAUGGACGAGAAACUACGUCAGUUUCACAAGUUGGCCAGCGCCAAUAACAAUGACGAUGACGACGUUGACACCGACUACGAUUAUAGCUUCUAUUAA